AUGGCUCCCUUCGGUCAGCGCCCGCCCAAUGCCAUUCCGCAUGCGUUCAAGUGCGCGGUUGACGGCCAGUGGCACCCGCCCACCAAGUUUUCGCGGAAGCAGCUUGAGAUCUGGCAGAAGCAGAAGAAAAGUCCCAACGAUGGCGUCACGCCGGAGAGCGUUAGACUGGUGUGUAAAGAUCACAACUCGGGUGGCCCGAAGGCACGAGAGCGCAAGUGCAAUGGCCCCUGUGAUUUAUGGAAGGGAAUAGAUGCGUUUAGCAAGGCUCAGAGAAAUGACCGCGAUGCUUGGUGCAAAGAGUGCACCACUUGGAAGACAACUUUCGCUGGCAAUGAAAUCCCCGAUGCGCCCCCGGGAGAGACGAUAGCCUCCCAAGAUAUCGAAGUCCAGACCACAAGCCUCCAGAACCUCCCCCCUAGCCUCGCAGACGACCUUGAUCUAGACGAGGUCCAGGUGCCGGAUUCUCAUUUGGCCUCUUCUACUAUGGAGAUGCAAUCCUUGGAGAUGCAGUCCAUGGAAAUGCGAUCUGACGAACUAGAGUCCGCGGAGAUGCAGUCCACGGAAAUGGAAUUCGAGGCUUUGAGCUUGAGUGAAAACCACCCUUGGGCUGAUGUGGACGCGGACGACAACGACGAUGAGGAUAUCGGUUUGGUGCUCAACCAUGCCAUCGGAAUGACUCGUGAUGUCUCUCGCUAUGACGUUGCAUAUCCCACCACUAGUAUUGAUGAUAGAGUCCCUACCGAGGCUAUUUCUACGACGAGCUUGGCUUACAACAACCUCGUCGCGUCCUACCGCCCCAAUCGAGGCGGUCCGAUAAGUAGUCGGUUGGAUAGAGCAGUUAAUAUUGCUACUCCGAGAACUCCCAAAGGACCCAGCCAGAAGAGUCUGCAGUAUGCCAUUGCGAGAGAAGAGAAGGAUGCGAAAGGCGAUGCGCGUUUCCCAAAAAUGGACAACCGGAGAGUAUUCAACAUAGCUCCGGAGUAUGCGGCCCGACCACCGGGCAACAGCAACCCUGCUCCUACGACAAGGCGUCUGAACAGCCCAGACUCGGAUGUUUCGGACUCGGACUCGGAUUAG